UGACAGCAUCCUCCGCCGCUCAGCAGCUCCACACCUGACCGCCUCCAUCAGAUGCACCGAGGAUGGAGCUCUCUACGCUGCCGGGUUAUCCUGUUGCCACCAUUUCACACAUCCACUGUCCGACACAUGUCCUACAGAUGCCGUGAUAGAUUCACCUGGGUUCAUUUAGUCGGUGGAUUUUCAUCUUUAUGAUACAUUUUUCGCUCGUUUUCGUUUACGCGUCUCAGUGGUCGGAUCGAAGUGCUCUCUUUGUUUUCCUGGAAAAAAGCGAACAGCAGAGGGCUGAUGCUGCGUCGCUGGUAAACACCAGAAAUGGGUGUCAUUGAACCAAUCUCGGUUCGUUUUUGGACCGGAUUUUCGUUUUUCUUAUGAUAAAUCACCUGCCCAAUCCCGGUUGUAUAUUGCCUACAAGUUGCGACACUGAGCAGGCUUCAGUCAAGCAAACAAAUGAUCCAAUCAAUAGCCUCUGGACAGAGUCUGCCAUAGGGAGGAUAUCAAUAACACGCUAAUACACUUGACACACACACACACACACACACACACACACAAUCACACACACACACAAACACACUAACGCAUACACAGGCCAUGGCGCUGGAGAACUCGGUGUUCCCCUCCCUCCCGGACUCUCUUUCGCUCCCUGUGGAAGAGAAGGGGGAAGGGGAGGAAGUGGAGGUGGCCGCCGACGCCACCGGAGUCUUCAACCUAUCGGAGGAGCUGGGCCACGUCGUCACCACUGAGACGCCAUCGACACCUCCGCCGUUAGCAAAGGUCAACAGGUCGUUCCAGGCCAAGUUGGCCGAGCGAAAUGCCCAAGCCAACGAGCCCAGGAAGAAGGCCGUGCAGGAGAAGGAGAGGAACCGCUUCGGGUGGGCCCGGGCUCGGCGUAAGAGACAGCGCUACGUGGAGAAGAACGGUCGCUGUAACGUGCAGCACGGUAACAUGCGGGAGACUUACCGCUACCUGACCGACAUCUUCACCACGCUGGUGGAUCUCAACUGGCGCUGCUCGCUCUUCGUCUUCGUCAUGGCCUACGCCGUCACGUGGCUCUUCUUCGGGGCCAUCUGGUACCUCAUAGCCUAUUUAAGGGGUGAUCUGGACCAUCUGGAGGAUCAGACGUGGACGCCGUGCGUCAACAAUGUCAACGGCUUCAUCUCCGCCUUCCUCUUCUCCAUCGAGACGGAGACCACCAUCGGCUACGGCCACCGCGUCAUCACCGACCAGUGUCCGGUGGGCACUAUGCUGCUGCUGCUGCAGGCUAUACUGGGAUCAAUGGUCAACGCCUUCAUGGUGGGCUGUAUGUUUGUGAAGAUCUCGCAGCCCAACAAGCGAGCGGAGACUCUGGUGUUCUCCAAACACGCCGUCAUCUCUCUGAGAGACGACAAGCUCUGCCUGAUGUUCAGGGUGGGCGACCUGCGGAGCUCCCACAUCGUCGGGGCCAACAUGAGGGCCAAACUCAUCAAGUCCAAACAGACUCAGGAAGGUGAGUUCAUCCCUCUGGACCAGACGGACAUCAGCGUGGGCUUUGAGACGGGCGAUGAUCGUCUCUUCCUGGUCUCUCCGCUGGUCAUCUCCCAUGAGAUUGACUCACAUUCCCCGUUCUGGGACAUGUCUCAAUCCCAGCUGGAGAAGGAGGACUUCGAGAUCGUGGUCAUCCUGGAGGGAAUGGUGGAGGCAACCGGGAUGACGUGCCAAGCGAGGAGCUCCUACCUAGCGGAGGAGGUGAUGUGGGGUCACAGGUUCAGCCCCAUGAUGCUGCUGGCAGAGGGCUUCUUCGACAUCGACUACGGAGCCUUUCAUCACACGUUUGAGGUGGUCACGCCCUCCUGCUCGGCACGAGAGCUCUCAUUGGCUGCAGCCAGACUGGACGCUCACCUGUACUGGUCCAUCUCCAGCAGGCUGGACGAGGAGCCAACGCUGACCAAUCAGGCGUCCAAGCAGCCGGACAGCAGCUCGGCCAACAGCAAAGGAGGGGAGCCCACCUUCAUCGUCGGGGAGAUGACGGACAUCCAGGAGCAAACAGGACAAGGGGAGCUGAACGGCAGCGUCGCCACCGACCAAUCAGAAUCAGAGGCCUAGAACAGACAGUGUUUACAAAGACCUGAAGUGUAUCACCACCUUACCACUUUUAGUGUUUGCAAAUCUUUUCUUUCCAGGCAAAUGAGUAGUUUCAUUAGGCCUAGUUCUAUGGUAUAUGCCAUAUCUUAUGUUACCAUACGAAAGAGUUUAUUUCUUGAUAUUCUUUUGUCUUUUAUUUCUACGUUGAUCUCUGUUACGAGUGUACUGUAUGUGUGCUCCCUUUUUCUUUUCUUUCUUCCGAUUUGUUGUGUUAGAUCACCCUUGCCUAUAUCUACAUUUUAAAUGACAAUACUAUGCUUUAGUUAGGGUCAACAACGGUAUAACUUGUGGACCGAUGGCAGAAUGUGGAACAAGAUAAGAAUGGGGUUGUGUGUGCAGAGUCACGUCAGUGGAUUGUUCACAUUUAAAAUAGGUACGGUGCAUAGACGCUUUAAUUUCACCUGCGCAUGAAUAUCACUAGAUGAUAUAGAGGUAUAGACUGAAAUUAUAGUAACCUGAAAUCUCUUUAGAAAUGCAACGAUUGUUCGGAAAUGUAUUGUAUAUCAAUCAGGUGUUUGCAAGUUAGGAAAGAAACAGCCCACGACUGCUGGUGUAUUUGUUAGGAACUCCAUUUGGCAGCAAACCAUCUUGUGGUGCUAGAUCUUUGAAAUAUCUAAGUGGCCAGUGGACAACAAAGCUGGUUUCCUGCCCUGGGUGUAGACUAAUUAUUGGUUCAUAUAUGCCCAGAGUAUUAUGUUGUUUUUUCUUUAUUAAAGAGUAACGUAAAGGGA